GUAUGGGCAUCCUACAGAUACAGUAUUUUGCUCGUGCCCUUGCUGCAAUGGGCCUGGGCCCUUUAGAGUUCGUGGACCCCUGGGCAAUUGCCCAGUUGCCCAUAUGGUUAAUCCGGCCUUGCCCAGAGGUAAACAGCGGCCUGAAGGUGGUGAUGCUGAAAAAUAUUAAGGAAUGGUGCCACCAGUGUGAACGCUGCACCUUAGCAAAAAGCCCCUUGUCCUCAGAGUCGGGCACCUAUGGGACAUGUACUGGCAUCAAGACCAAACCAAGUAUUGGCAACAGACUUUACAGUCUACCUGAAGAAGAAGGAGAAAAUGUACGCAGUAAGUUUAUUGAAAUCUGCCAAAACAUGGAUCCUGGCCACAGAGAUAAGUUCCCGGAGGUACUCGAUUCAAUCCACAGAAUCGGCCGACAACGUGAGUCCUCUUCUGCACCACUGCAUCGCGCCAUAAUCCUGCAAUUUACUAUAAGACACUUCCGAGACAUCAUCUGGAAGGCGGCAAAGCGAUCUGACUACCUGAAGACAAGGAAGCUCCAUUUCAAAGAAGAUCUCUCUCCCGAGGACCGAGAGAGGCGCAACCAACUAUGGCCACAGGUGGAGAAAGCACGUAAGGAAGGGAAAAUUGCCUACUUCGUGGGAGCCCGUGCUUUCGUGAACAGAAAAGAAAUUCACUGAAAUCUCUUCCAGCCCAGUUGUGGAUAUACCUCAAGGUCUCGUUCCCCUAUUGUUCUGAAGACUUAUAGUAUGCUGUUGCUGCUAAACUGUUUUGUGAAGCACUUUUUUAGACAGAGUAGUUCUGCUCUCUCUGAAGCUUCCACACUCUUCUCAGGGUAAAAACUUAAUUUACUUUUCAAAAUUUCAUCUUUAUCCUUUAUUUCUUUUAAUGCUCGAGGACUAAGAGACAAUACCAAAAGGAAAGCUCUGUUUUUAUAUGCUAAAAGUUUGAAUACUGACUUUUGUUUCUUACAAGAAUCUCAUUCUGAACCUAAGGACGCUAACUUCUGGAAAUCUCAAUGGGGUGAAGAUUUAUGGAUGUCUCAUGGCACAAAUCAUUCAGCGGGAACUCUGAUCUUAAAACAUAAAUUUAAUGGAAAAGUUAUAUCCUCAGAAACUGAUCCAAACGGACAUUUUAUUUUGCUGUUUUUUUUAAUGAUCAGACCCUCUUAUUGGGUAACAUUUACAGCUAUAAUAACAAACAGGAGAAUAUUGACCUAAUACGUGUUAUAAAUGAAAAAAUUGAGUCUUUAAUAAGUAAAUUUGCUAAUCUAAAGAUUAUAUUAGGAGGAGACUGGAAUCAUUCACUCAAUGACAUGAUAGAUAGAUGGCCAAGUAAAAGUCAGGAAAGUAGUAAUUACAUGUUGGAUUUUAUAAAUGAAAGAGACCUAAUUGAUAUCUGAAGAAUCAAAAAUCCAACAAUUAAGGAAUUUUCGUGGAAAAAUAGAUCUGAUUAUUGGCUAAUUUCUGAUCCUUUAUCCGAAUAUGUUUCUACAUCAAAAAUGUUGCCAACACCCUUGACAGAUCAUAAAACAAUUUUUCUGGAGAUAUGUUUCUGUGCUAGAAAACCAUCUAAAAGAGUGAAUUCAUAUUGGAAAUUAAAUAAUUCUCUUCUACUGAAUGAUUCUUUGGUAAAGGAAAUUAAAACAAAAAUAGAUGAGUUUUAGAACAAGGCAUGUGUUGAAAAUACUUUUUGUAAAAAUUGGAAGCUUAUGAAAUUUGAAUUGAGGUCCCUUUUAAUGAAAAGGGGAGCUGAAACAGUAAAAAAAAAAAAGAAGAGUCAGAAAUAAUUUCUGAAAUUAUUACUUUGUCUAGAUCACCUGAUAAUUUAUCGGAAGAUAACCGGAACAGAUUUCAAAUUCUACAAUUAAAAUUAGAUAAUAUAUAUAUUUACAAGGCAAAAGGUGCCUUUGUGUGGUCAAAAAGGAAAUGGCUUGAAGAGGGAGAACAAAACUCUAGCUAUUUUUUCAAAUUAGAAAAACACCAUAAUGCUCUUGCCAGCAUGACUAAACUUCGUACAGACGGGAUCACCACACAAGACCCUCAAGUGAUUUCCAAGACUUGUGAACUUUUCUAUAAAAAAUUAUAUAAAUCUAAUCUUUCUACAGAAGCCAUGGAAAUUUUAUGGAAGUAAUAUUAAGACAAUUAGUGACAAUAAUAAAACUAUGUGUGAUUCCCCUAUCACAAUGCUAGACAUUGAAGAGGCUAUUAAGAAAAUGAAGCUUAAUAAGAGUCCAGGGAAUGAUGGUAUGACUUCAGAAUUUUACAAAUUAUUUUCAAAGGAUUUGUCAUGCUUUUUACAUAAAGUAUAUGUUGAAAGCAUUAUAAUAACAAGCUGCAUCCUUCUUUGACUCAGGGGCUAAUUACUUUGAUUCCAAAACCUCAAAAAGACACCCUUUUGAUAGAAAAUUGGAGACCUAUUUCACUGCUGAAUAACGAUUAUAAAAUAAUUGCUAUGUGUUUGGCUAAAAAGUUAAAAUGUGCACUUAAUGAUAUCAUUGGUGAAACACAGUCUGGUUUCAUGACUGGCAAACACAUAACUAACAAUAUAAGACUGGUAAUUGAUAUUUUGGAUUAUUCAGAUUUAAUCACAGAUAAUAGUUUCAUUCUUUUUUUCGAUUUCUAUAAAGCUUUCGACUCCAUUGAACAUGAAUUCAUGUUCAGAGCACUUGACAUUUUCGGUUUUGGAAAUAUCUUUAAGGAAUCAAUUCAAACUCUAUAUGCAGAUGCAAAUAGCUCAAUCAAACUCCCAUUUGGUACAACGAAAAGAUUUGAUAUCAACCGUGGGAUCCGGCAAGGCUGUCCACUUUCCGCAUAUCUCUUCCUUCUUCCUAUGCAGUUACUUUCUAUUCACUUUAAAAAUAGCAGUGUGGUGGGUCUCUCUAUUGCUGGCAGAGUACUAUCUA